UAAAUUAAAAAGUCCAUGUGGCCUUAGCAUGUUACAUACGUGGCAAUAUCAGUAACAUUUACAUGCCAUGCUGUUGUAAAUAGUUAAAAAGUCAUUUGGUUUUACCCCCUUGUAAAAAUUAGGUUUAGUUACGUUUUCAGACAUCCCCAAGUUAGCAACAACAGUGACGACGGCGACGGCGCAUAACGGUUUGGUGGACGACGGCGCAUAAGGGUUUGGUGGACGACGGCGCAAUGUCAGAGGAUAUGCAACAUUUCAAUGUUACUUUCCACCACGGGGGUGAGUUUAUUAGGGUAAACAAAGAUGAGAUAAUCUAUAGAGGGGGGGUAGAUUCUACUAUUUCUGGGUUACACAUAGAAUCAUGGACCAUGGCAACUGUCGAGAACCUAGUGAAUAAGUGGGGGUACCAGAAAGGGAGAUAUAGGGUAUGGGCGAAGAUAUUGGAAAUAGAUGAGGGUUAUAUCCCGAUUAGAAAGGAUGAUGAUGCAUAUGACUUUGCUUCUUAUUUUUGUGCAAAUGGUACUGAGGGAGACUUAUAUCUGGAACAUGAUGCUGAAAACAUAGAACAAUAUGUGAGUGAACCUGCUUGUGUUAAUGGAGACACUGAACUAGAUGACUUAGGAGAUGAAGUGGUUGAGGGUUUGGAUGAUAGUGAGGACGACAGAGCCACUGCCUUGUUAGAUGGAUUUGAGGGUAUUGAUGUAACUUUGCCACUAAGGGAAGAAGGGGUAGUUGCUGGAUUGUUGACUAGGCCCAACAAGAAAUGUGAAGAAGAUGCAUAUGUUAGUGAUGAGCUCAACUCAUCAGAUCCAGAUGAGUCUUGUGAUGAGGAUAAGCCCAAGUAUGAGAAAUUUAGGAAAGAGCACCUAAAUAAGGACUUCAAGUUUAAGUGGGGUAUGGAAUUUAAUACACUUGUUGACUUCAAAGAGGCAAUACGUGAGUGGUCAGUUCUCAAUGGUAGGGAAAUUAAUUUUGUGAAAAAUGAAAGUUAUAGAGUAAGGGUAGAGUGUAAGGCUAAAUGUGGUUUUUUGGUCUUAUGUUCCAAAGUGGGCCACAAGCAUACUUAUGCUAUAAAAACACUUGUAGACACCCACACUUGUGCUAGGGUUUUAAAUAAUAGAUCUGCAAACUCAAGAUGGGUGGCUAAGCAUGUGGUCAAGAAAAUGCAAUCAAGUGAAAAUGUAAGAAUCAGGGACAUAAUGCAAGAUGUAAGGCAAAAUUUUUCAGUGGGUAUUACUGUUGCUCGGGCAUGGAAGGCUAAGUUGAUGGCAAAAAAAAUAGUGGAGGGAGAUGCUGAUAUGCAAUAUGCUGCUCUAUGGAGGUAUGCAUCUGAAUUAAAAAGAGUUAAUAGUGGCAAUACUGUGAAAAUUAAUGUUGAGAGACCAAGCCCAACUAUCCAACCUAGAUUUGGAAGUUUCUACUUCUCUUUUGAUGGCUGCAAGAAAGGGUUUAUCCAUGGAUGUAGGCCCUUUAUAGGGGUUGAUGGAUGUCACCUAAAAACCAAGUAUGGUGGUCAACUUCUGAUUGCAGUUGGAAGGGAUCCAAAUGAUCAAUACUUCCCAUUGGCUUUUGGAGUGGUAGAAACUGAGACCAAGGAGAGUUGGAGAUGGUUUAUCCAACUUUUGAUGGAGGAUAUUGGACAUGACAAAAGAAUUGUUUUUAUCUCUGAUCAACAAAAGGGACUGGUAGCUGUUUUUGAUGAGAUGUUUGAGAGGAUUGAACAUAGGUUUUGCCUCAGACAUCUAUAUGCCAAUUUCAAGAAAAAGUUUGGUGGAGGAACCCUAAUAAGGGAUUUGAUGAUGGGAGCUGCUAAGUCUACAUAUCAUCAAGCUUGGAUGCAGAAGAUGAAUGAGCUAAAGAAUGUUGAUUUCAAUGCUUGGACUUGGUUGAUGGCUGUACCUACCAAGAGCUGGUGUAAGCAUGCUUUUAGUUUCUACCCAAAGUGUGAUGUGUUAAUGAAUAAUAUAUCUGAGUCUUUCAAUGCUACAAUUUUAGUUGCUAGGGACAAACCAAUCCUUACUAUGUGUGAGUGGAUUAGGAAGUACUUAAUGAAUAGGGUAGCAACCUCUGUACAGAAACUUGAAAAAUGGCAACAUAGAGUUAUGCCUAUACCUAGGAGAAGGUUGGACAAUGAAGUUUUUCAUAGUGGUCAUUGGCUACCAACUUGGUCUGUGGAUGAGAAGUUCCAAGCAUGCUGUAUCUGCUUUGAGCUAUAG